UUAUGUAUACUACGUAAAGGGGAUAAUCAAAUCCUAUUAUAGCAUCACUACCAAAAAUCCAGUGGAAUUAUUGAAUAAAGUUGAAUGUGUUGUGUUGUUGAGUUAAUCGGUGUGAGGGAUUGGGGUUGGGGGAGGGAGAUGAAGGUUUAAGUUGUUGUGAAUUGUGAUGUAAAGUUGCAGUAGCAGUAGCAGCAGCAGUUGGAGUUCCAGCAGAAUCGGAGGGAUAUAUAAUUAUAAUGCGUUGUGGUGGAUGUGGAUUGAGGUGGAGAGAGAUUGAGAAUUGGAUUCGUGAGUAUGACAACAUUCAGCGCCUCGCCAUCAAAUUGAUCUACGCUCAGAUUGCCUGCGCCUUAAUCGGAUCGCUUGGUGCGCUCUUCAACGGCGUAUUGCUCGUCAAUUUGGGGAUUUCUCUGUUCGCACUCGUCGCCAUUGAGAGCAGCAGUCAGAGCCUUGCCAGAACUUACGCCGUCCUCCUCUUCUCCUCCAUUUUGCUCGACCUCUCCUGGUUCUUCCUCUUUUCUCACCAUAUCUGGAACAUUCCAUCGGAGAUUUAUGGAACAUUUGUUAGUUUAUCACUCAAGCUCACACUCGCUACGCAAAUUAUUGGAUUUUCGGUGAGGUUAUCAUCUUCGCUCUUGUGGAUGCAGAUGUACAGACUAGGUGCUUCUUACAUGGACAAUUCGGUUCAUAGAGAUGCAGAUGUUGAUCUGAGAUAUAGUUUUCUCAGUCCCAUGACUACUGCAGUUAGACCUCCCUCUGCCUCUGAUGAUGUAAUUGGAGGUUCCAUAUAUGAUCCUGCAUAUUACUCUUCUCUUUUUGAAGACGACGGGGAUGAUGCUUUCCUUUCUGAGGGUGGCCCAAAUCAUGGCAUUUCCGUAGGUAACUCUGUAUCUACUGCUGAAACUACUUAUCCAAAUACAUCCACAGGGAGACCUUUUCAUUCUAACGAUGGUGAGAGAGAUAUGAGAAAGCCCCAGGUGGUCUGAGCCAGUUGUGGAUGAUUCUCUUAGUGAGAUGAGAUGAGUCUGAUAGAUAGGUGGUGGGGAAAGCAAGAUUUGUAUAGAUAUGAGUCAUGUAUUCUUUUUGCAGCCAAAUAUGAUGUGAAGAUAUGUAGCAACCUGUGUAGAUGUAUGUCCAAGGAACGAGGCCUGUUGUACUUGCAUUUGUAUUUGUAUGUUCCAAGUAAGCUUUGCAAGUAUAACAAUGAUUUUGCAUUAGGCUUUCA